GGCCGCUCCGGGCCUCAGGAAUUCCAACCUGUAUUCCGCUUGGUUUCUUUUUUUCGUUCCCCUUUUCCCCUCGGCAACCCUAACCCUAGGCGCGGAGAUCAGAAAAAGGCGAGCGACGGCGAUGGCUGCGAGGUCCAAGGAGCACGACGGAGCGAGCCCUGCGAAGAUCUUUGUUGGGGGGCUUCCCAAGGAUACGACCCUGACAACAUUCAGGGAGCAUUUUGGCAAAUAUGGAGAGAUAGAUGAUAUUGUGAUAAUGAAAGACCGGAAUACGCACAAGCCUAGAGGUUUUGGAUUUGUUACCUUUCAUGAUCAUUCCGUUGUUGACAAAGUCAUUGAGGAAACACAAAUUGUCAAUGGAAAACAAGUUGAAAUUAAAAGGACCAUCCCAAAAGGUGCUGCUCCAUUAAAAGAUUUUAAAACAAAGAAGAUAUUUGUUGGUGGAAUACCAACUACUCUGACAGAAGAUGAAUUCAAGGACUUCUUUUCCAAGUUUGGGAAGGUGGUGGAUCAUGAGAUUAUACGCGACCACACAACUAAUCGGUCUCGAGGCUUUGGAUUUGUAGUCUUUGACUCUGAAAAAACUGUAGACGAGUUGUUAGCCAAAAAGGGCAAUAUGAUUGAUCUAGCUGGUACUCAGGUGGAGAUCAAGAAGGCUGAACCAAAGAAGCCAUCUAACCAACCACCUCCUCCUUAUGGUAGUGAAUCUAGGACUCGUCCUUUUGGCGAGAGUCUUGGUGGAUUUGGCAGCUCAUAUGGCGAUUUUGGCAGUAGUGGUGGGUUUGGUCCUUCGUCCUAUAGGACACCUGGGGGUCUUGGCCCUAGGCCUGGGGGUUUUGGUGGUUAUGGGGGUGUUGCUGGUGAAUUUGGUGGUUAUGGCGGGGGCUUAGGUGAUUACCGGGCAGAAUCUUCUCUUAGCUAUUCUAGUCGCCUGGGUUCGUAUGGAGGAUAUGGUGGGGGGUAUGGUGCAAGUGGCUUAGGUGGUGGCUAUGGACGCGAAGCUGGGGGUUACGGUGGAUCUGGUGGCUAUGGAGGGAGUUAUGAUUCCCCAGGUUCAGCUUAUGGCUCAGGACUUUAUGGUGGUAGGGGAGGCUAUGGUGGUCCUGGUCGAUAUCACCCAUAUGCAAGAUAGGAAAGAAGCCCUUCACUGCACGUCCGUUCUAGAUCUUUCGUCACUUCAGGUUGCUUCUAGUAUUGCUGGACGCAAGGUGGUUCUUAUUGGCACAGGCUCGGUAGGCAUUCUUGUAGCACCUUUUAGAGGGGGCUUUUACUGAAGUUUGAGCUCAGGCUGGUUGAUUUGCUAUGUAGAACUCCAUCAGGCACCUGUAAUGUCUAGCAGGCUGAAGUUGAAACUUCAUUAUGAUUCUAUAUUCAUUUGGUUUUCAUUAGAGCUUAGACUACCUUAUUAGCGUGGCUUGUAGAAAAUCUUAUAGCACCUGUUUCGAGACCAUUUAAUGGCCCUUUAUUUUAGAAGCCUUCAGAUCUUAGUAAAUCUGUUGGGUGGAA